GCACUUGACACUUUGAGUUGGUUCGUGGAUGCCGGCGAACUGGGACGUUGGUGCCUAAACCUAAGUGUCUAUCAGCAAGAGUUUUCAUCCUUGGUUUUCCAACCCGGCCUUCGUCCCAUACCCUUGGAUAAGUAACGAUGCUGUUGGUAGGACUGUCAGCGCUGCUACUCCUGGGCUUGGCCCGGGUGCCUGAAGUAACUGCCCAGACUGCAGGAUCUUGCCCAACUGACGCCUGCAGUGGCCAAGGUACAUGUGUAGACGAUGCUACAACCGGCACCUUUUACGGCAGAUCAACAUGUUACUGCGAUCAAGCAUAUUUUGGAAACAACUGUGAAACCUUUGAAUUUCUUCAAAAUUGUGAUUUCUCCGUCCCUAACGUAAACGAGCCUAACGUAUGGAUUAACGCGACCAACAUAGCACAUCGUACUAGUUGUGUGAUCACUGUGAAGCCGCAUGGUGCUGAUGUCAUUCGCGUUGAAGUUUUUAACUUCUCAGUGGAAUUGUCUAAAGACACCGUUGAGGUUGGUCCUGAAUUGCCCGGAAACAAUCCGGAAUACGACGAAGGUUCAAACGAUAAUGCCGGAUACACAGGCGGCUUAUAUAACACGAGUACUCUAUAUAUUGUCACGCGUACUGACAAGAACAUAGAAAGUUCUUGGAUCUUCAGAAUUUCUUCAGACGGAAAUGACUGCUUGAGUGUAGAAACCCCGUGUGAAAAUGGUGGAACGUGCAUUGACGAAUGGCAAAAUUACACCUGUGUUUGCCCAACCGGUUUUACAGGCCCAUACUGUGGAGUGGUGGUUGAUGACUGUGAAUCCGGCCCGUGCCAAAACGGAGGAACUUGCAACACAAUUACUACUGGAGGCUACACGUGUACUUGUACAGUCAGUUAUACGGGAGUCCAUUGCGAGACAGGCGUCGUCAUUGUGGACAGCACCACACCAAAUGUGUUUUCAAGCGCUGUGCGCGAGGGGUUCACUUCUCAGUCAUUAACUUUCAAUUUGGCAUUUUCGCCUGCAUCUACAAACACAUACUCUAUCAGUGGAGGUUCGGGUCUCUGGCAGGUCAACGGUUUCUUCUCCUCGGCUUCGAAUGGGGCGACGGUAGUCGGUGGCAGCGCCCUUGAACUUACAGCUUCCCAACAGGCUACAAAUUGGAAUCCUCCCUUUACUACAACGAUCGCCUCUAUUGCAGCUAAUUCUGUGCCUGUGCCAUCUAACAUCCUCUGUUCUGAUAUGGAAUAUUUCUGCGCUCGACUUGACAGAGGUCCAGCUCCUAAUCCUUUAUACGAACUCUUGGGUGAUCCAGAUGCUACAUCUCUUCGUGGUUGCACAUCGGUAACAUGCAGAGGUGUUGAAAUAAUUGGCUCAAGUCUGACCAUAACAUCAGGAAACCUGAGAGACGGACUAUCACAGACAGUCACAGCAAAUUUCAAUCUACAAUCCGAUGCUGGCGGUGGGGCUGUUAGCGGUACUGGACUAUGGACCCUUGGAUUCUUCAGCAGUGACUCCCUUACCAGUACAUCCGGCAACGGGGCUUUGAGCUUUACGUUUUCACAACCUUAUAAUGUAGGAGUUAAUCCUGGCCAAGAUGCAGUAUUCAAUGGUCUAAAUUUUGAAGUAGAUCUGUCUGGACAAUACACCUGUGAUGAUAUCCCAUAUAUCUGCAUCAUUGCUGCUAAAAAUGUCGAUGCAUCACCGGACUUCACCCUUACAACUAUACCAAAUGAUAAUGUUCUUACAGCCUGCACAAGUAUCACGUGUACAGGAGUGGAAAUAGCCGACACAUCAGUUAUCAUCACAUCGGGCGACUUGCUGGAAGGAGAGUCUGGACAGACCGUGACCUUCGGCUUCUCGAUGAAUCCAUCGUCAAACUCUGGUGCGGUCAGUGGGACCAAUCUCUGGAGUUUCGUCGCUGUUGGAAGUGAUGGAACGAAUUCUCUGACGUCAAACUACAAUGUGAAUUUGGCAGGACAAGGAGGAGUAAGCGUUAGUCCUGGGUCUACUUCGACAUUUUCGAACUUGAAUUUUGACGUUGAUCUAUCCGGCAAUGUCAACUGCGACAGCCUACCCUCUAUCUGUGUUACAAUAGCCAAGAGAACCACCUCACCGUUACCAAACCCAGACUUCUCUUUUAGUGGAACUCCUACCGACGACGUCUUGACAUCAUGUGAUACAAUAACGUGCAGAGAUGUUUCAAUUGCAUCAACUACCACAACAGUUUCUGCGGGAGUGAUAGGUGACGGCCUGAACAACAAUGUGCCCGUCUCCAUCACCAUCACUCCCAGUUCCAAUAGCGGUACCGCAAUUGGGGAUGGACUCUGGAUGAUAACUGUCUUUGCCAGCGCAAGUGCUGAUGGAAGUGGUACUCGCUUUGACGAAGUAGACAUCGGUCUUACGGAUGCGCAAGCAGGAACAACUCUGUUUUAUAACUCACAGGCUACGAUCAGUGGACUGGUAUACCCUCUUAAUCUGGCCGAUGGUCCUGAUUGUUCUCAAUUCACACAUAUCUGUACCGAGUUGCAACGGGGGGCUAAUCCACAGCCCUCUUAUACGUUGGCAUCAGGCAGUACUGUAUCUUGCGUUGCGGUUGAUUGCUCUGCUGUGGAGCUUGUUGAAUUAUCUCUGACUGCACCCGCAUAUGUGGUAGAAGGAGAGAACAAUGAUGUUGAUCUGUCAAUCUCACUUACUUCCUCUGCGGAUAGUAGUGUUGCAAGUGGUGACGGACUGUGGAAAGUGACAGCAUUUGCCAGUUCUAAUGCAGCCGGAAGCGGCUUCAGGUACGAUGAACAGGUCAUUAAUUUGAGCACAGGCCAAGCAGGCACGACUCUGCAACCAGGAGUACCGACUACAAUCAGCGGGCUAGGGUACACCUUGAGCACGAGUAACGGUCCAACGUGUUCCCAAUUCGGUUAUAUUUGUGUCGUAGUAGAAAAGGGAGACAACCCAAUGCCGGAAUUUAAUUUGGAACCUACAUCUAUCACCGAUUGUACCGCGGUCGACUGUAGAGGCGUGGAUAUCAGUCAGUUUUCAGUCACUUUGGAUACUGCUGAAGUCUUCCAUGGUCAAGCCGACAACAUCAUCAUGGACCUCUUCGCUACGGCCAGCAGCGACUAUGGUAGCAUUUCAGGAGCAAACAUUUGGGGCUUAACAGCAUGGCUUAGCAAUUCCCAGUCCGGAAGUGGUACCAGGUAUGAGCUGGAUUCCAAUGUUCCAAUAUCUUCUAUGGCAAUCAAUUCUGGCCAAACUACCACAUUCAUGAACGUGGAAUAUUUCGUAGACCUCACAACGUCUCCAACAUGCGACCAAUUCAGUUACGUAUGCGUCGAACUUUCACGGAAUUCUGGAGACUUUGAGCUGACAGGUGACCUCAUGGCUUGUACUCCGGUUACGUGUACAGAUAUCGAUGAGUGUGACAGUGGUCCGUGUCUGAACGGAGGUACUUGCAAUGACAUGGUCAAUGGAUAUACUUGUUCCUGUCGACCAGGAUAUACCGGUGUCUUCUGCCAGAUAAAUAUCAACGAGUGUGCCAGUGGCCCUUGUCUUAACGGUGGAACAUGUUUUGACCGCGUAAACUCGUAUGUGUGUCAAUGUGCUCCUGGAUAUACUGGAAUACGCUGUGAAACUGACAUCAACGAAUGCGCCAGUAGUCCUUGUCAAAACGGGGCAUUCUGUACAGAUCAGGUCAAUGCUUACUUCUGCACAUGUCUUGCUGGAUUUACCGGACCUUUAUGUUCUAUAAACAUCAAUGAAUGUGCCAGCGGACCUUGUCAAAACGGAGGUACUUGUUCGGACCAGAUAAAUGGUUACCAAUGUCAGUGUCUUCCUGGAUAUACUGGAACCGCAUGUCAAAUCGAUAUCGACGAAUGCGCUAGUGUGCCUUGUCUGAACGCUGGGACAUGUAUAGAUCAAGUGAAUCAGUACACCUGUACUUGUCCUUCGGGAUAUACUGGAACAAUCUGUGGAAUCAAUAUCAACGAAUGUGCCAGUGGACCUUGCCAGAACAGUGGAACUUGCGUAGAUCAAGUGAAUCAGUACAUUUGCUUUUGUCUACCAGGAUAUACUGGAACUCAUUGCGAAACCAAUAUCAACGAAUGUCUCAGUGGUCCUUGUCGAAAUGGAGCUACUUGCAUUGAUGGAAUUAACAUGUAUACCUGCCAAUGUGCCCCUGGAUUUACUGGCACUUUCUGUGGUGUUGACAUCAAUGAAUGCGCCAGCAAUCCGUGCUCACAAGGAAGCUGCAUAGACAGAGUUAAUUCAUUUGAGUGCCAAUGUUUCCCUGGGUAUACAGGAACGCUAUGUGAUAUCAAUAUCAACGAAUGCGCUAGUGGGCCUUGUGAGAAUGGUGGAACCUGCAUAGAUCAAGUAAAUCAGUACAUCUGUAAUUGCCCGGCGGGAUUUACCGGAACGCACUGCGAAAUCAAUAUCAACGAAUGCGCUAGUGGGCCUUGUGAGAAUGGUGGAACCUGCAUAGAUCAAGUGAAUCAGUACACCUGUAAUUGUGUGCCAGGAUAUACUGGAACUCGAUGUCAAAUCAAUAUCAACGAGUGUGCCAGUGCUCCUUGUCUCAAUGGAGGUUACUGUGUGGAUGGAAUCAACAGUUAUACUUGCCAAUGUGCUGCUGGCUUUACUAGUACUCGCUGUGAAAUAAAUAUCAAUGAGUGUGCAAGUAGCCCUUGUCUGAAUGGAGGUACCUGCCUCGAUGGAGUUAACAUGUUUACAUGCCAGUGUACGUCACAAUGGACAGGAGUCAUAUGCCAGACAAGUCUGAAUGCAUGCAUAAGCAGUCCAUGUCAGAAUGGUGGAACAUGCAGUAACUCUGGUACUGACUACAUAUGCGAAUGCUCUCCUGGAUUUGCUGGAACUAACUGUGAAAUAAAUAUUAAUGAGUGUGCCAGCUUACCAUGUCAGAACGGCGGAGAGUGUCAGGAUGGCGUUGCAAUGUAUACGUGCAUUUGCCCAGAAGGAUAUUCCGGAGUAAAUUGCAACUCGGUCGGAUUCUGUAAUCUAGAGGGAGUGUGGUUCAAUGAGUUAAAUGAUCAAAUCUCCAUCAGUCUCACGUCUACUGGCAUGUUCCUGGGUGACUACAAGAGCAGCAUCGAGGUUCUGACCGGAUACUAUGCUCCGACUGUUGUCGUUGGAUAUGCAAACCAGAACUGUGACUUCCCAUCCUUUGGUUUUGUCAUAACCCGGGACAAUGGCAAGUCCACCACCAGCUGGUCUGGACAGUGUCAUCUGUGUGAUGGAGAAGAGGUACUCUACACCACUUGGACUAACACUGAACGUGUCACCACCUGUGCUGCAGUCAAACGGGCUACGCUGAUUGGCACAGACAAGUGGACUCGCUACCAGCAGAGCACUGCUCCACGUGAAGAUCUUUGAGGUCUAUUUCUAAUAACUCCUUGAAACUCACUGAGGUGACGGGAUAUCAAGUCUUUCAUUUUGAAAUUGCUAUUCAAGUAAUAAGUUUAUGAAAUGGCUCUAAAAAGCGGUAAAAUGCAGGGGAACUUUUGUGGAGCAGGGGUGGGGGCAGAGCACUACCCUAUUUUUUCAAGUGAUUAAAAGAAGGAAAAAUGACAUAAAAAGAAAGGAAAAUGAGAUUAAUAGAAAAGUGGAAAAUUUGAACAUAGAAAGCUGUACCAUAAAGCUGUAUAAUUUAUUAUCAAGGAAGAAAAAAGGGGAAUUUACCUUAAAAUCACUUUGCCCCUCCCCACCCUACUCCUCGAUCAAAACAUCCUGUCAUUGUCCUCCGUAAGAUAAUACAUUUUUUUUUUACUAUACUAUGUAAUGUUCUGGAUGUUUUUUAAUGAAAAUAAAUAACAAUCUCAUGGUUUUCACUUUUUUAUUUACUGUAAAAGCCUCACCCUGCAUGCAUCAUCCAUAAGAUAGUUUGGUAAGGAAAUGUUAUCACCUCGGUUCAUGAAAGAAAACAAAGAAACAGUUCAAUGAUAAAAUAACAUUUGUAACAGUUUCGACUUGUCUUUCACACUUUUAAGCUAAAUACUUUCCCCAAAUAUCUAUUCAUGUGAUACUUCUUAAUAUUGUAUAUUAUAGUAUAUUAUCUAUGAUUUCGAUUCAAAAGUCCUACUUACUAUUAAAGGGAUGAAUAUUAAAACCACUGACGCUUUGGUGCAAAAGUAUAUCAUAUUUUCUUGAUGUUUGUGCUGGAAUGCUCUAAAAAUAAUUUGUAAUCAGCCUGGUUCAACUGAUAUAAAUGUUUUCACUAUUUUCUAUUUAGAAAUUAAUAUGUUCUCAUCGAACGGGCUAGGAAAUAUUAAGAUAUAAAUCAUAAAACCGUUAAAUUUAGCUGAUCCUUUCUUCUAUGCAAUAUCACUAGUUUCAUUUUAGAGUGUAAAUGAUUGGAAUAGGAAGAGGAUCGAUAACAAAUAAAUUUUGUACCGCAAAAUCAACUGAAACCUGAGGUGUGUGCUCCAGUUCAUUUGCUUAGAAAGAUACCACGAAACAUAAUUAUUUUAGCCUAGAGUUUAGCCUAGAGUUAUCCUAUUAUAUUUUAGGUUAAUUUUAAUAUUGGCAGUACUACGACAUUUUUAUAUUUUGUAUAUAAUAUGAAGUCUUUCAAAAAUGUGAAUGUUAAAUCGUGAGAUGUAUAAAAGAUAAGGGGCGAUUCUCUUACUUUCAUCUUUACCUUGUGGUAUAUUCUUAUAUUCUAUGUGCAAAAUAAGCUCAUGCAUUUUAUUGUUAGGAGAAAUAUGGCGGGAUAAAUAAAGUAGUCUUCCAUUAGAAAACCAGCCUUCCAAUAGAAAAACAUGAUUCUUUUAAUAAAAUGGUCACGCUAUUGCCUUUAACCAAAACCAUACAUACAUGUAAAUGUAAUAUGAUUAAUUACAGUGGAAAGCAAACAAUACUAUCUCGAAGUUUAAUAGUAUUCUAUGUAGAUAAGCACCAAAUACUUCAUGGAGUUUCAUGGUCAUUUAUAUUAACUUCGUUUUGGGCAAUGAUUUAUUAAAAAAACACAGUGAAAAUA